AUGUGUAGGAACAAUAAGGUUAUAGACACAUUCUCAAAUCCGUUCCAGGAAAGGAAGGGAUAUUUAAAGGUCUGUUGUAAAAUGUGUUCAUACUUUGAAAUGCAGGUUGACGAGGUUUUAUACGCAAAUGCAGAGGAAUAUUUAAGGAGACGAGUUCCAGUUAAUCAACUCCGAGAAAUAAUUGAAAACAAAACAGAGAUAGAGUAUUCUGAGGAAUUCAUGAAGUUACCAGACGGACUUAUUAAACCAUUCUACGAAUCACAGAAGGCAGAAAAUGUGAUGAAGAAUCGUUAUAAAGAUGUUUGUCCAUAUGACAACAGAAGGGUUAUUCUUAAAGACAGAGAAUCAGACUACAUCAAUGCCAGUUAUAUAGACGGUUAUAAAAGACAGAAGAUUUAUAUAGCAUCUUUAGGACCAACAGUUAAGCAAAUGGGAGCUGAUUUUGGAGUAUUCUGGAACAUGGUUUGGCAAGAAAGAGUUUGUAAAAUAGUCAUGCUGACAAAUCUUAUAGAACAAGGGGUUCAGAAAUGUGACAAAUACUGGCCGGAUAAAGAUGUAUGCAUCAUGUAUGAAGACGUGAAAGUAACAUGCCAGUCUGAGGAGAUAUAUCCUUGUUUCACAGUCAGGAUUUUCUCCGUCGAGAAAACUGAAAAGAGAAUACUUUAUCAGAUGCAUUUCACAGCCUGGCCAGACAAGAGUACACCGCGGGAUGUCCAUGGCAUGAUCGAGUUUUGGGAGAAAUUGACAAGAAUACCUCGAUUUGAGCUGGGGCCUAUACUUGUCCACUGCAGUGCCGGUGUAGGACGAACAGGAACAUUUCUGGCAUUAGAUAUAUUAGCCAAUGAGGGAGUUGCUGAGGGUACCGUGGACAUAUUUGCAUGUGUCAGAAACUUAAGAGAAGAUCGAGUUAAUUUAGUACAAACAGUGGAGCAGUACAAAUUCCUUCACGAGGCUUUGUUACACCUUUUAUCUUCUGACACAUCAGUAAAGGCGCUUCUUACAAGCGAUCGGGCAGUUCAGCACAAUACACAAGAGCGUAAAUUGGCUGUUGAAGAUAUACAUGAAAUGGUCUAGUCAUUUAGCUAUGAUUAUAUAUUGACUUUAAUUCAUUCUAGGAGUUAAAGAUCCUGUAUGUUGUAAUUAAGGAUGUAACAACAUUGAAGUGAAAUUUUAUAUAAUUUUAUGUAUAUCAUUAUUCUUCUAAAACAAUUUUCAAACAACCAAGAUUAUGUUAAAUAUGUACUGCAAAUGUGUAUAGUUUUUCACAUUAUUUGUAAUCAUUAAAAUUAAUGCAUUCAUUUCGUUGUUGAAGAUUUGGCUUAGACUUUAUAGAAAAUGAAUUUCUAAUUGCUUCCCUUUAUUUAUAUGAAAUGUAAGUUCGGUAAUAUCUUUGCAAAUAAUGCUAUUUGGAACUUACAAUAUUGAUAAAUCUUUAUAUUUAUGAUAUAAAACACACAAAAAGAGAAUCUUCAACAGUCUUUUUUUGUAGAUAAAAAACAAAAUAGAUUAUUUUGAGAAAGAACAAUUACAUAGACAAUUGGAAGACUAUCAAUUACAACAUAGUGUAGUAACAUUAUUGUAAUUAGAAUAUUUGAUAUUGUAAAAUAUUCAAAAGGGAAAAUCAUGGAUGUAUAUGUAGCAUGUAAGAUAAAUUAAUCUAAUUAUUCAUUACACAUAAUUAUUUUAUAGCAGAAAUCACUUUCCGUUACUGCUAACGUAUGAACUGCUAACGUAUGAAAAUUGUACAUAAAAUGCAUCAUAUUAUUUUUUUAUGUUUUUAGUUGCGUAAAAAAGUUAUUUUUACAUACUUCAUUAUUAUACAGACAUUUCAUAUAUAGAAAUUACUUAUAUUUUGAUACAAGAAAAUAAUGAUUAUUUUGGAAAUAUCUUCUUAUAUUUUUAAGUUUUCUAUAUUCCACUUAUUUCGAGAACACUAGAGAGCUGAAUGUGUGCAUUG